UGCUUAAAUAGAACAACUCCUGGCUGUCAUUGACAUUGUAUAAAAGCCAAGAUGACAGACUGGGAGGACUGAGCCCUCGUUCUGGCAUUCUCCCAGGAGGAUGCAGAAACGGGGUUAACUCAAUAUACUACAGAGAAGUUCAUCCAGUUCCCUACUCCAUCCUGAUCCCACGUGCCAGGAAGAUGGAACCACGCUUGCUGAUAUUGGGGUUUCUCUCAUUCACCAUAGUACCCAGCUGUGGGGCAGAGCUGUGUCUGGAUGACCCACCGGAGGUCCCCAAUGCCACAUUCAAAGCCCUCUCCUACAAGAAUGGCACCAUCCUAAACUGUGAAUGCAAGAGAGGUUUCCGAAGACUAAAUGAGCUGGUCUAUAUGCUCUGCUUAGGAAACUCCUGGAGCAACAACUGCCAGUGCACCAGCAACUCUCAUGACAACUCAAGAGAGCAAGUUACACCUCAACCUGAAGACCAGAAAAAACAACAAACCACAGACAUGCAGAAAUCAACACAGUCUGUGCACCAAGAGAACCUUACAGGUCACUGCAGGGAACCCCCUCCAUGGGAACAUGAAGAUUCCGAGAGAAUCUAUCAUUUUGUGGAAGGACAGAGAGUGCACUACAAUUGUAUUCAAGGAUACAAGGCUCUACAGAGAGGUCCUGCUACCAGCAUCUGCAAGAUGAUCUGUGGGAAGACGAGCUGGACUCAGCCCCGGCUCACAUGUGUAGAUGAAAGAGAACACCAUCAAUUUCUGGCUAGUGAAGAACCUCAAGGAAGCACAGAUUCUUUUCUUGAGAGUGAGACUUCCUGUCCCAUCACCACCACAGACUUCCCACAACUCACAGAAAUAACUACAACUACGGAGACAUUUGUGCUCACGAUGGAGUAUCAGGUAGCAGUAGCCAGCUGCCUCUUCCUGUUCAUCAGUAUCCUCCUCCUGAGUGGGCUCACCUGGAAACAUAGAUGGAGGAAGAGUAGAAGAACCAUCUAGCAAGCUGGAGAAGUCAGAGCCCAAGGGAAGCUGAUGGGAAUCAUGAAGGUCAAGCAAAAUCUGAGAAGUCAAACAUUCACUCAACAGGUGUUUCCUUUUGAUCCCUUGGAUUCUAGAAAGUUCUGAGGUACCAGGACAUAACAGCACAUCAGGAAACAACAACUCCAUCACUAAACUGGACUUUGCUAUUGAAGAAUAGGAUCUAACCAUUUCAAUACAGCAGUUCUAAAGCUUUAACAGGAGAGAG